AUGCCGCCCGCCGCCCUUGCACCCAUUUUUGCUGUAUAUAAAUACGCCCUGGCGCCCGUAGGGCCCCUCGCGUGGCUCGGUGCAUCCAUAUCUGCACUGGACCUUGCAGCUGCCUUCCGGCUCGCGGUGGUUCUUCGACAACUACGUGAGGCCUUUCUCCAGGAGUAUACAUCCAGCACCAGCGCCACGGCAAAUGGCGAUCACGGUCAGAGAGCGCGCCCUUCUGUAGAGAGCCGCGCUCGGACGCGCGACUUUGCUACGACGCUUGUCAUGGUUUACGGCGGCGAGGCAGUUGUUGCACCUUGGCUAGGCAUUCAACCCUCAUUCUUGCUCUCCGGCUCGAUACCUGCACUGUAUCUCGGCGCACAAGUUCUCGUCGACUUUCUCCCUUCCGUACCCUUUCCGUCCAUUCACAAUGAGGCUCCUCUUGCGGUUCUAGAUGCGUUCACUCGUGCUACCUUGCUGUGCAACAUCGUACCCACUGUCGUCACAAACCACGUCUCAUCUGUCGUGUCUUCAUCCCCAUGGACUCUGUUGGUCACUGCACUGAUAAUGGCAAAUGGCGGUCCUUUGUUCACCAAUGCUCUUUCCCUUCUACAUCCUACUCCUAUAGGCCUCACGACUCCACCAGAGCUCCUGCCCUACGGAUGGACUGCAACUGACCUUUGGGUCGCGCCCGUGGUUACUGGCCUUUAUGCCACAUUGACGCAUGCCCAACCGUUCUUUGCUCUUUUGCAUGAGCUUCUCUAUACAGUUCUAUCACCUGUCGGUUUGGCCAGCUUCAAUGGACACAAGGAGCUGCAGCCAGUAGAUCCCGACACUGCCAGGGCGGUGUGUGUUUUGGUUCUUGGUUCCCUUUUUGUCACGCGCACGGUUAAGACGUUCGGUGGAGCGUCUAUUUGGUCAACGCCUGGUAGGACUGUCGGCGGAACGGUGGCACAAAAGAGCAUGGUGAACGGCAGCGGGGGUGCUAAAAAGACAAAAACACAGUAA